CAGUCAUGGCAGAGAAUGAGGAAUUGGGAAAGCCUGCGGUGAGGAGAGGGAGACUAACUGUGGUCCUGGUGUUGGCAACGCUCAUAUCUGCAUUUGGUUCAUCGUUCCAGUAUGGUUACAAUGUGGCUGUGAUCAACUCUCCAUCACCGUUCAUGCAGCAGUUCUAUAAUACCACCUACAUGGAGCGUUAUGGCAGUCCGAUGGAGGAGAACCUCCUAACUCUGCUGUGGUCUCUUUCUGUGUCCAUGUACCCGCUAGGAGGCUUCUUCGGCUCUCUGAUGGUGGCCCCUCUAGUCAACAAAUUAGGGAGGAAGGGCACCCUACUCUUCAACAACAUCUUCUCCAUCGUCCCUGCUGUGAUGAUGGGAGUCAGCGAGAUUGCCAAGACCUAUGAGAUCAUCAUUGUGGCUAGGUUCAUAGUGGGCAUCUGUGCAGGUCUCUCAUCCAAUGUGGUGCCAAUGUAUCUGGGAGAACUCUCACCCAAAAACCUGAGGGGAGCCCUUGGCAUCAUACCACAGCUCUUCAUCACUAUCGGCAUCCUCAGUGCACAGGUGCUGGGCAUCAGAAACAUACUGGGCAACAGCACAGGUUGGACCCUCAUGCUGGGUUUGACUGGUAUCCCAGCCAUGAUAGAGCUCCUGUUGCUGCCCUUCUUCCCAGAGAGCCCCAGGUACAUGCUCAUCCAGAGAGGAGAUGAAAAGACAGCAAAGAAAGCGCUACAGCGCCUGCGUGGCAGUAGCGACGUGGAUGCAGAGCUGUCAGAGAUGCGUCUGGAGGACCAGUCGGAGAGGGCCGAUGGCCGACUGUCUGUGCUCAGCCUGCUGUCCCAGCGCUCCCUUCGCUGGCAGCUGGUCUCCAUCAUCGCCAUGAACAUGGGCCAGCAGCUGUCGGGGGUCAACGCUAUCUACUACUAUGCAGAUAGCAUAUAUGCCACUGCAGGAGUCAAGCAGAGUGACAUCCAGUAUGUUACUGUGGGAACAGGUGCAGUGAAUGUCUUCAUGACCAUGGCUGCUGUCUUCAUUGUGGAAGCCUGGGGCCGACGGCUGCUCCUGCUUUGUGGCUUUGGGAUCUGUUGUGGAGCCUGUGUGCUUCUCACUGUCGCUCUCACCUUCCAGGAGAGCGUGACGUGGAUGCCCUACAUCAGCAUCGCCUGUGUCAUCAUCUACGUCAUAGGACACGCCAUAGGACCCAGUCCUAUUCCUUAUGUGGUCACCACCGAGAUGUUCAGGCAGUCGGCCAGGCCCGCUGCUUUCAUGGUCGCAGGCUCCGUCCACUGGCUCUCCAACUUUACUGUUGGCCUCAUCUUCCCCUUCCUAGAGAGAGGUCUGGGCUCCUACAGCUUUAUCAUUUUUUCCUUCAUCUGUCUGGUCACGCUGAUCUACAUCUGGCUGGUGGUCCCGGAGACCAAGAACAAGACAUUCCUGGAGAUCUGCCAGAUAUUUGCCAAGAGGAACAACGUGGAGAUCAAACUCGGUGAUGGUGAUCUGCCACUGAAAGAGAGCAAAGAAAGCCUGGAGGAUGCAGUGAGGGUCACAGCCUUUUGAAGACAAAUGAGAGCAUUCAGAGGAGAGGAAGUCUUCACUCUUGGGAGGAUUGUAAUAGACUGUGAAUGUCUUAAUUUAGCCUCUACUUUCUAUUUCACAAGGAACCUUUACAGAAUCUCUUUGUACAUUGUUUGUGGCUACUAAAUCUUUGUGCAAUUCAAUUCCAGCUAAAAAUACAGUGAAACUUGAUGUGUGCACUGCAACGCCACCUUAUAGAGAUGUGAAUUGGUGCCUGAGUCAUUAAACAAACCAACAAGUCACUUAUAAGCCUUUAUUGACGAUGCAAAGGUAUGAAUACAAUACAUGACUGAAGCUGUAAGAUACAGUUUGCAUUAAAAAUUGAA